AUGUCUCUGGCGCCAUCCUAUUCGUCUGCUCCUCGCCCAGAUGAGCGACGGUUAGGUAUCGCGGUUCAAACGGCCGACACUCCGACAGGUUCUUUCGGAACGCUCGUACUAUCCGGGAACGGCAUAUCUAUUGCUUUGAAGAACCAGCAGGAAGACAUUCGUCGCGCGCCUUACGGUCGCAACGCCGCUGUUGCGGGCGAGGUUUCUCUGUCAACAACUCAAGGUGUAACGUCAGUUGAAGUUCACCUGGAGGGAAAGAUAACAUUCGUCCUCGGCGCAGCGCUUAUACCGGAUCUCCAGUUGUUUCAGCAAAGGUCCACUCUAUGGGCGGUUGGCACUGAGAUAGGCGUUUGCCCGAGCGUUCUUCCAUUCGAUUUCAUCCUUCCAGAGAACUUCGUCGACGAGGAAUCAGGAACUAGUUACCCGCUCCCUCCGUCUUACGAUCCUUUGGGAGAGUCUAUCUCGCUGAAAGACAUGCAUAUCCGCUGCGUGUACCGCCUUUCCGUCUCAGUCGGAAGAUCUCGCUGGUUGCCGAAGAAAUCAAUGAAUGUGGAUAUUGACUAUGCUCCGAGGACCGUACCGCCGCGAGGUCUGAUGGACACGCCGUUCCCUUUCUUCGAUACAAUAAAGUCUGCCCCUGAGGAGUGGUAUCAAACGAGUGCGGUCCUCCACGCAAAGUCUGGGAACGGCUCUCAGCACGUCCACUGUGAUUUUUUCAUACCCUCGGUCAGAAUCUUCGCGAGGCGCGACAUGAUCCCACUCUUCCUUCAGCUACGAGGCUCUAGUGCAAGUAUGAUGGCGUUAUAUAGCCCGGGGGUCCUAGCAGAACAAGGACUCGCUCGUCGUCUGCUGCGCAUGGCGGAUACAGCUAGCACAGCCCCACAUAUAACCAUCUCCGUCAAGCGUCAAGUCGUUCUACGUUCCGGCGGGACGGACAUAGCAAGAUCAUAUGUCAUCGGGACCGGCUCUAUGCGAUCUGUUCCUCCUGGCUAUGUACCUCCGGAUGUAACUGCCGACCUACUCACCGUCGACUACGAGGGGGAGAUUCAGCUUGCGUCGGGCGUUACCGUGGGUGGCUUUGACGUUGGGCGAGUACGGGUAUCGGACUUUAUCGUCCUCUCCGUUCAGCCAUCGGGACGCGCAGCGGACCAGUUUUCCAGCAUGAUACAUACACUAUCAAUCCGGGUGGUUACAGGAUAA